CCGCCGCGCUGACGCCGCGCAACUCCGCAGUCCGGGCCUGGGUGGGAGCGCGGCACGAAAACCCGCACCCACGCCCCUGCCCGCGUGGACACCCAGGCCAAGGGAUUCCCCCCGCCCCCACGACCCCGACGGAAGAGUUCCCGCCGCGGGCCUUCGGAAGAGAGCUAGCUGGGCGGGCCGGCGCCUCCAGGCCACCAGAUGUUUGCCGUCCAGCCAGGGGUUGCUGAGGGGGCUCAGUUCCUGGGGGGCCCGCCUCCUGCAGUAUGUCCGCCCGAGCUUCAAGCAGACAGUAACUCCAACUUCAUGGCGAGUGCCAAGGAUGCCAAUGAGAAUUGGCACGAGAUGCCAGGCCAAGUGGAGCCCAAAGUGAUGAGGAGCUCCUCCAGGUUGCCCUCUGACAACCAGGGCUUCCAGGUUCCUGGACUCCCUGAAGGGGAGGUCCGAUGCCCACCGGAGGGGGCAGAGAUCCCCAGAGCUGGGCCUGAGAAGAUGGGCGGUGCCGGCACAGUCUGCUCCCCGCUAGAGGACAAUGGCUAUGCCAGCAGCUCCCUGAGCAUUGACAGCUCUAGCUGCAGUCCUGAGCCUGCCUGUGGGACCCCACUGGGCCCUGGCCCUCCAGAUCCCCUUCUGCCCUCGGUGGCCCAGGCUGUGCAGCAGCUGCAGGCUCAAGAGCGCUACAAAGAGCAGGAGAAGGAGAAGCACCAUGUGCAUUUGGUGAUGUACCGUCGCCUGGCCCUGCUCCAGUGGAUCCGGGGCCUGCAGCACCAGUUGGUUGACCAGCAGACCCGUCUGCAGGAGAGCUUCGACACCAUUCUAGACAACAGGAAGGAGCUUAUCCGCUGUCUCCAUCAGAGGGCAGCACCAUCCAGGCCCCAGGACCAGGGCUAAGGGGGUUCCUGUAUAGGGGUGCAAGAGUAUAUGUAUAUAUUUGCAGGCAUGUGUGUAAUUGUGCACAAGCAAGUACGGGUUAUUUGCUGGCAUGAGUGCCGGAAGCAUAAACAAGUGUGUCAGUGCUAACAUUUAGGCAGAUGUGCCCAGAGAUGUGUGAAUCAGCACCUGGGCCUCAGCGCGUGUGCUGUAUGGACACACAAGCUAACUUUUGUGCAGGCCUACGCGUGAGUAUGUACAUAUGUGUAUGUAUAGUAUGUAUGUGAGAGGGAGUAAAUUUGUAUGCCUGUGUGGAAGGGUACCCCCACAGUGUGUGAAUAUGUGCAUGAGUGAAGAUAUAUAUACAAAAGAUGUGUGUUUACAUAUGAGUGAGUUCGAGUAUACAGAUUUGUGGUGGGUGUUUGUGAGUGAGCCCUUGUGUGCGCAGGCCUAUGUGUAGGGGUCCAUGUGUAAAAGGUGCAGGCAUGGGAGAACUAUAUUCGGAACGUGUAUUUUCAGGCUGACUCACAAGUAGGUGUGCAAAUAUAUGUUCAUUGCAUAUGUAGGAUGUCCAUCCACGCCCUGUGUUACCCAUGGCCUACAGUAGCCUUUUUUCUCCGCAGGGUCCUAAUGCUCCCUUUGGAGAGGGCUAGCCUGCUCUGAUUUAUCCCAAGGCUGUGGCUGAUCCAUUCUCUUGGGAUUGCUCAGGCCACCUCUCCUUAUCCCUCCCCUUUACUUCCCCCAGGCCUUGCUCUGCUAAGGCUAUUGUCCCUGAUGGUGGAUAUGCUGAGGGAAGUUAGGUGGCUGCUCUGGCCUGCCAUGGCUUUUUGGCUGCAGUUUUGUCAGGGCAGUUGGUAGGAACUUGAUGUCAGGGAAGGGAGCUGGGAUGGUUGACUGAGGCCAUGGCAGGGAUGGGGGCAGGAUCAGAGAAGCUAGGGCACUGUCCCUUUUGAACUCGGUCUUGGGGCACACGGGAGAUGGGGAUGAGGGAGAUGACAAUGGCAGAACCCUGUGAAGACCAGGAGAAUGGGAAUUCUAAAAUACCAGUUCCAAACAAAUCGUACCUCACCACUGCAAAGGAACUGUUGCAAACCAUGCCGACAUAAGCGUCUGAUGAAAAGGAAUCUGUGUUAAUAUAAUGUCAUAUGUCAAUUAUACUUCAAUAAAAGAAAAAAGAAAAGGAA